UCUUGGGAGCAAAAACUGAAAAUUGAUGGCUUUAGAAUGUUACUUUAAAUGUCGCGAAAGUAUGUUAACAAUAGCCAAAUUAAACACUAGUUUGAUCAAUUAAAUACCAAUAAUAUCUCACUGUCUUUUUGAUAAUUACCAAGAAAACGGCGAUUCCCCAAUAUACAGUUGGAUAAAGGCUAAAUGCUCCAUUAAUUGACUGUUAACUAGGAAUAUGUGGCACAGCAGUCUGACGGGAUAACCUUGAAAUGGAAGCUCAAGUUUGACCUUGACCUCCAGUCUUGUCACUGUUUGAACGCUUGCAGCACUAAUGCUACACACCCUUUCGAUAUCAUUUCCCGGAAGGAUAGCCAACAAAAAAAAUCAUGCGAUCCAGCUAGAAUGGACUGUUGCAGAAUUCGUAUGUUACUUGCAGCUUGUAGUUUACAAAUUUGACUUGGAUGUAGGAAUUGGUAAAAAUUGUUCACUAGAAGUCAAAAUAAGAAAUCCCGUGGUGUUGGACUGAGUUUGAUCUAGUUUACCCAACCUCUGGAAUAUGAGUGACGGUUCCCCACCGCCACCUUUACUCCAGCAGGAGUUUAGAGGAAACGGAGCUCAAAUGGGCAAUCCAAACAUGACCAGCCCCAUGGGUCCUGGUGCAGAUGAAGAGCUUUGCACACUCCCUGGAAGACUCAGGAUAAAUCCGUCACUAUGGGAUAAGAAUGAUGUGAGCCACUGGUUGCGCUGGGCUCAGAGGGAAUAUUCUCUACGUAAGACGGAUCAGGAGAAAUUUGAAAUGAAUGGCAAAGCUCUGUGUCUCCUCACCAAAGAAGACUUCCGUCUGCGCAGCCCAAAUUCAGGAGAUGUCUUGUAUGAGCUCCUUCAGUAUGUAAAACAGCAGCGGAGGGGAGCGCUGUCUGCCCCUGGCUCUGAAAAUCUCAUAAGUCCCACAGUUCGAGUCUGCCAACAACCGAGGGCCCAUGCUCAAACAAGCAAUUACACAGCCCUUCUAAUCUCAAACAGGUCUGUUCCCAUUUGCCCAGUGAACCCUCACACCAGACCAGUAGGUGUGUCACAUUCUAACCACUACCAGGAUUUUGGGGGCACCUCCUCUUUCUCUUACACUAACCCUGCAGAGCAGGUCCAGUCAGGUGAGGUAAAGUUCCCACCUACUGGUCCCCCAGGGCAGCAGACAGAGCAAAUGGACUCCGAUGGCAGGGAGGAACCUCUGAAUCUAUCCAACAGGACAGGGGAACCAGCCGUUGCUUUACAACCUGCUAAUGGGAAGAUAGCAGAUUGCAGAUUCCUAUGGGACUAUGUUUACCAAGUGCUCUCAGAUAGUCGGUAUGAGAGCUUCAUAAAAUGGGAUGAUCCACAAACCAUGGUCUUCAGGAUAGUAGAUCCCAAUGGGCUUGCCCGAUUAUGGGGGAACCAAAAGAAUAGGGUCAACAUGACAUAUGAAAAAAUGUCUAGGGCCCUUCGACAUUACUACAAACUCAAUAUCAUCAAAAAAGAACCAGGGCAAAAGCUUCUUUUCAGAUUCCUCAAGACUCCACAGCAGAUCAUGCAGAGCCGAGGGGACAAAGUCGAGUCUCCAGAGAACCCUUCCUCACCCGACUAUGUGGGGGAUAACCUGGAGAUCUCUCUGGAUGCCUUCUCUGACCCGCCUACCCCCAGCUCGGACUGAGGCCCUCUAUCUUGACACAACCUCAUACCCCAACUAACGACUGCUGCAAGACGUUUGGGUUUUAUUUCUUCAUUUGCUUAGAGAAACAGCUAUUGAAGAUAAGGGAUUUUUUAUUUUUUAUUUUAGUAGAUGUGAUUAUGGUAAUCUCAGGGUUUUGUUGAAAGUGGAUAUGCUUUGCAUUGCUCUCUGCUGUUUAUCUUUAACAAAUACUCUCUUGGAGACCAUCUUGGUUACCGCUAGAGGUCCUGGAAAUAUUCCUGGAGUUGUCAAUGAGAUUGACGUCUUCCAAAUGCACUGCAAAAUAAGAGGUUUCACUUAUAUACAAUUAUAGUUUUAUAUUUUCCUAUGUUGUAAAAGGAAUGUAAAACUAAAUGUAACAUUAAAAUCUUGUACAAAUAUAACUGCAUGUAAAUAAUGCCUUGAAAGAAGAAUAAAUGUAUGAUCCUCCAGAGUAAUGCCACGUGCUUUCAUUUGUAAAAAAAAAAAAAAAAACAAGAAGCAGAAGUAAUACAUACUGUAGCACCUCUCCACUUUCGAUUCAAGGCAGUGUUGCAAGACUGAACUUCCACGUUGUGGCUUCCUUCAGUCUCUUUCAAAACAGAAGCAUCCAACAGACACCUCACGUACUGGGGAGUUCCAUUCGGGUCCAAAAUAUCCAAAAUCCAAAGACUAUGUUUAGUCACAAAAUUUCCUCUGAUUAGAAUAAUAUGCUGUAAAUUUGCUUACGUUGCUUAAGCAUCUAACAGCUUAACAGAGAUAAAAAAAAUGAAUGCAUGUAGUUUUCAUACUUUUAUUUAUGAUUAUUAAUGAUUAUUAUAUUUUAAAAAGAAACAGUAUGUGUGUAAGUUCUUUGACCUUGUCAUACUACACCCUCAAACCAUAUGGACCUGGUUUAAUAGCGUAGAUAAUGUUCCUGGAUUUACAAAGGCAUUAUUUACAGCUCCUCAGUGCCAUGUGCAAGACAACAAGAAGGCGGGCACCAUAGAAUUCUUGAAAACACAGAGCCAAACCAGGUGAAAUAAAUGAAACAUCAGCUGGACAAAACUGAUGACGACAACAUAAAAAAAUUAACAGAAACUGAGGACAUCUACA